UCCAAUCGAUUCUCGAAACAAAGAAACUCCAUAACCAAGACCAUACGAUGCUCUCUUCUCUUCCUAUCUCAACCUCUCUUUCUGUUUCUCCAAUUUCUCCGCCGUCUACUUCCCGCGCUAGAUUCCGGCCACAUCUAGCCACAGCUACCUGCGCCAGUUCUUACACUUCGCAACAAGAGAAACCGUCGACGAGCGGAUAUCUGAGCCGUCCAGGGAUGGCAGCGUGCACGUCGUUGUACGAUGUUCUAGGGAUUCCCGCCAGUGCUACGAAUCAGGAAAUCAAAGCGGCAUACCGCCGAUUGGCCAGGGUUUGUCAUCCGGACGUGGCGGCCAUUGAUCGGAAGGGUUCAUCGGCAGAUGAGUUCAUGAAGAUCCACGCGGCCUACAGAACCUUAUCGGAUCCCCAAAAACGGGAUGUUUAUGAUAGUAAGGUUUUCCGGAGAGGCCAACGGCCGUUGACUUCGGAUUCUAGGUUUUCAGGAUACAGGGGGAGGAGUUGGGAGACCGAUCAGUGCUGGUGAACGAGUCAAC